AUGACGGGGUUGGUCGGCCUCGACUUGGCCUACACUGGUCUCGUCGGCACCUUUCCAGCUUCCAUGCCUCGCUUACGCAACCUGACCUACCUGUCGCUAGACCACAACGGGCUCACCGGGGCCAUACCAUCUGGGCUCGGUGGGCUCCCCUUCAUUCACGACCUUGACCUCAGCUACAACCAGCUCAGCGGGCAGGUACCAUUCCAGAAGGAGGUGGUGGAGCGGUUGGGCCCCAAGCUCAAGCUCGCCAGAAACAAUGGCCUGUGUCUCGGCUCGGAGAUGGUCGGAACCAGCUUGGUCAGGGUGGAAGUCGAUGGGUUCAUCUCUGCUAACCUCGCCGAGUCGUUGGCUUGUGAUGGCUCGGCGGUGGGAGUUAGUAGACAGUCAGUUUCUAAAUCACUUAAUGUAAAUCAGAAGUGGAGCCACAUUGUGGCUAGGAAUGGCAGGUUCGAGCCAAGAGACAACCCAGCUCUGUUGGCGGUGAAAAAAGCCCCGUCAGAGGUAUGGGGUUUUCUUGUAGUGGCAGCUAUCACCGUCUCUGGUAUCUUUGCCCGAGCUGCUGCCGCCGGAGAUCAGCCACCGGGGGAGCUAAAGGGCUUGGAAAUGUUGGUCCUCUGCAACAACAGCAUCAAUGGCACACUUCCCCUGUUCCUGGGACGAAUGCAGGGUCUGCAGGACCUCCACUUGGGGGGGAACCCCCUAGGAGGAACCCUUCCAGAUGUUUGGAGCCAGAUGACGGGGUUGGUCGGCCUCGACUUGGCCUACACUGGUCUCGUCGGCACCUUUCCGGCUUCCAUGCCUCGCUUAUGCAACCUGACCUACCUGUCGCUAGACCACAACGGGCUCACCGGGGCCAUACCAUCUGGGCUCGGUGGGCUCCCCUUCAUUCACGACCUUGACCUCAGCUACAACCAGCUCAGCGGGCAGGUACCAUUCCGGAAGGAGGUGGUGGAGCGGUUGGGCCCCAAGCUCAAGCUCGCCAGAAACAAUGGCCUGUGUCUCGGCUCGGAGAAGGUCAGAACCGGCUUGGUCAGGGAGGAAGUCGAUGGGUUCAUCUCUGCUAACCUCGCCGAGUCGUUGGCUUGUGAUGGCUCGGCGGUGAGCUCGAGUGGGUCGAGUUUCGGAUCGGAUUCUUGGUACCGCAUGGCUCUGGCCCUGCUUCCUGCUGCCUGCUUACCUCCUCAUGUUUAG